AUGAUGCAUUUCGAAUCUUCUCCAAGCUCUUCCCCAGACUCUUCCCCACGUUCCUCCUCCUCUUCAUCGCUACCCAUCACCAUCUCAUCCAGGAAUAUGUCGUCGCCAACCAGCUCGCUCUGCAGCAACGCCUCGAUGGAAUCAUCAACCUCCACCCGUGGCUCCUCGUGCGCCUAUCCCUCAUGGCCGACCGGCCCUUCGCUCGAGUACCGCACCACCCCUUCCUCCUACAUCAGCGACGCCGAUCUCUUCGGCGAGGACUUUGACGACGACUUCUCCUGUCCCUUCCUCCAGGAAGCACCAGCACCACCACGAGUGCCUCCCAUGGCCCAAGCAUUCCCCGUAUUGCCACCUCUGUACGCACCCAAAAAAACCAAGAGUGAGCGUCGGCGCAGCAGUGGUCGCAAGCAGCGUCGCACCUCCAAGCCCAUGACGCCCAUUUCAGAGUCACCCGAGCAAGUCGAGUGA